UCCAAAAAUGAUUAAAAAAAUAAAACCCACCAUGAAUAAAAUGGAUUAUGAAGUUUCUGUAAAGAUUUAGAAAAUUUCAAUUGAUCAAUUUAGCAAUAAAUUGAUUAAUUGAUCAGUAAUUAGUUUUCUCUUUAUUAAAGAAUUAACCUGCAACAAUAACAGGUCAGUUUUGCAUUAACAUCAAUCUAAAAUCUGGAAUCAAUAAUGAACAUAAAGUCAGUCUCUCUGGUCCAGACAUGAACGGAUCAGAACCAUUUGGUUCAUAUCACAGAAAACGUUCCAGGGAACUCAAAGUUCCUUUAAAUCAGGAAAACGCUCAAGUUCAGAGUAAUCAAUGGAGCAUUGAUUAGUUGAUCAGAAUUGAUGAUUCUGGUUUCCUGUUUACCAACUGAUUGAUUGAUUGAUUGAUUGAUUGAUUGAUUCAUUCAUUGAUUUCUCUAGUGUGUUUUAGUCUUGGUCCCUGAGAAACGUUGAAAACCCAGAGAGAAGAGAAGCAGACAUGUUUAGUGAAAUGAUUGGUCGCUCUGUUAGACCUCUGGAGGAUUGACCAAUCAGGCGACGGCGCCAUCUUGGAUGCAGAAGAAGAAGCAGAGCCGGAUGUCUGGUUCUUCAUUAGGCACCAUUUUACUAAAGCAGCAGCAGAACAGAAGCUGGAAGUUUCUCCGUCAGGUUUCGGGCUUGUUGAUCUCCGUCUGCCCCUCCCAGCCGCAACCAGCUGGCAGAACCGGUGGAGCAACUUUUAUUCAGGGCAACCCUCUGCAGAGCAACACCUGUGACCGACCGGAAAGCAGCAACAACCUUCAAACGGACCAAGAGAGCCGCCGCCGGCUCUGAUCCAACACACACUUUAAUUGAUUCUGCAGCACCACGCGGAAUAUCUGAAGACCUGAUGCUGCAGAGCAAAGACCUGAUGCUGUAGAGCAAAGACCUGAUGCUGCAGAGCAAAGACCUGAUGCUGCAGAGCAAAGACCUGAUGCUGUAGAGCAAAGACCUGAUGCUGUAGAGCAAAGACCUGAUGCUGCAGAGCAAAGACCUGAUGCUGUAGAGCAAAGACCUGAUGCUGUAGAGCAAAGACCUGAUGCUGCAGAGCAAAGACCUGAUGCUGCAGAGCAAAGACCUGAUGCUGCAGAGCAAAGACCUGAUGCUGCAGAGCGAAGACCUGAUGCUGCAGAGCAAAGACCUGAUGCUGCAGAGCGAAGACCUGAUGCUGCAGAGCGAAGACCUGAUGCUGCAGAGCAAAGACCUGAUGCUGCAGAGCGAAGACCUGAUGCUGCAGAGCGAAGACCUGAUGCUGCAGAGCGAAGACCUGAUGCUGCAGAGCGAAGACCUGAUGCUGCAGAGCGAAGACCUGAUGCUGCAGAGCGAAGACCUGAUGCUGCAGAGCAAAGACCUGAUGCUGCUUGUUGAAAAGAGGAAAACUCUCUUCACCUGCUGCGACGUGAUUAUAGAUCAGCUCAGAACGAAUUCUGGAGCGACUGCUCUCCAUCGCAGGAUUAACAUCUAACAGAGUUCAGCUUCUAUCAGUCGUAAAUCUGGAACAAACUUCCAGAAAACUGCAAAACAGCCGGAACACUGAGAUCCUUAAAAUCAAGGCUAAACGCCCAGCUGGUGAGAGCUGCUUCCGAUUAAUAAUCACUGGAACAUUGGUUUUGAUGAUGUGAUGUUUGUUUUUAUGACUGUCAAAAUAAUCAACAAAUCAAUAAAUCAAUAUUGCUCAAUAAUUUCCAUUUGUUGUUUUUCUCGUUCCACCAGAAACUGGGUGAUAAAAGUCUUCAGUCUGCUGCUUUGGCCUGAACUAAACCUUCUUUGAAGGAUAAUUUUGUUUACAGAUUCAUAAAAUGUUUUAUUUACUUUGGAUAUUAAAAUGUCUUCCAGUUUAAAUGUUCAUUAGAGUUUAAUGUUUAUUCAUUUUGACAAUGAGUUGCUGUUAUAUUUCUGGAAAA